AUGUGCGGAGUGCAGCGGAGCCGCAAAUCCUUGUCAUGGGAAAGUCCUUCGGAUUGUGUUCGCGCCGCCCGGACGGGCGUCCUGGCCCCGGUGCAAAAGGCGGCCUGCAAGGCCAACCUGGCCCUCAUGCCCGUUUUGAGUUCGGCCUCAAGGCGCGUAGCGGAAGCCUGCCAGCAAGUAUUCCGAACGCACCGCUGGAAUUGCUCCUCCGUGGAAAAAGCACCUAACUUUGGUCAAGACCUCCUAAGAGGCACCCGUGAGCAAGCGUACGUGAGCGCUCUCUCUUCGGCAGGGCUGGCUGUGGGGGUCGCCCGGGCGUGCGCUGAGGGGCGCAUCAGGGUGUGCGGCUGCGGCCGCCCCUCCCCCCGAGAGCCGCCUCCCGCCGACUUCUCGUGGGGCGGCUGCGCCGAUGAUGUGGGUUUCGGCGUCCGAGCCGCCAAAGCCUUUUCCUCGGAACCUUUCGACCGCAAGAAGUUCGCUGGAGAUGUCGCCAUACGAAUGCACAGGCACAACAGCCGGGCAGGAUGGAGGGCGGUCCGGGAUUCCCAGCGUGUCCAGUGCAAGUGCCACGGAGUGUCCGGCUCGUGCGAGGUGAAGACUUGUUGGCACGCCCUGCCGCCCUUACUGGAAGUGGCGCAGAAACUGAAGCUGCGCCACCGGAACGCGGAGGAGGUGCGCCCCGUGAUGGUGGGGCGAGGAACGAAGCUCCUUCCCGCCACCAACGCCCGGUUCAACAAAGACGACUUGGUCUACAGGGAGCAGUCACCAGAUUAUUGCGUCUAUGAUCCCAAGACGGGCUCUGAGGGUACUAAAGGCAGGCAGUGCAACUCGACGGCUACCGACUCCUUCGGUUGCGAGGCGAUGUGUUGCUCCAGGGGCUUCCUUACUACUUGGGUAGAAACAGAGGAACGAUGCAACUGCAAAUUCCAGAGAUGCUGCUAUGUCACUUGCGAUGUCUGCAAGUGGAGGACAAACCUAAACCUCUGCCUCUGAAGAGGACGUCCAUCAAUCCGCCUGGAAAGCGGAGUAAAACAGCUCGAUGAGGAAGUCGAACGGAUAAGUUCGACAAAUGCUCGAAAUCGACAAUCGGUCUUACAGUGAUGAAGCAAAAGAGGGGUCGCAUGAGUCUCGCGGUUCACGCGAUUUGGAGUUCGUGAUUUUAUUUACAUCCAAGGUUUCCUGGUAGAAACGAACUUACCGAAGACAGCACGUAUCCAGUUUAGUGGAGAAAAAGUGUUCGUUUAUACGUUUUGAAAAAUAUAUUGAAGGAACGGGGAAAAUCACCUACAAUUACGAAAAAUGCUUCAACCUUAGGAGAAUUUUUUCUUUUUUACAAAAAAAAUCGAUUCUCUUCACGGUAUUGCUCGACGUGUUCCGUAUUCAAGAUUGUCCGAUACGUCAAAAGUCUCGCACAUGAUGAUUGGUGGUAUACCUUUGUAAAUGUGUACAAGAAUUGCUUUUACCGUUUACUUCAUUGCUGAGUUACUUCGCAUAAGGAUUAGAUAUGACUCUAAAAUGAUCACAAUAAUCGUCUUUGUUGUACACUGACAGUAAAAGAGAUUUUUCGCAAGGCUUCGAAAUCGAAGGUUCAAAAAUUUCCGGAGUCGGAGUCGGAGCCAGAGUCAGUCAUUUUCCCUCCGAAUCCUCUACCCUGGUUUCUCGAAUUAUAAGAUAAUUUCACAGGGAAGGCACAACACUCAAUUCUUGAAUCAGAUAUGCGUAAAAAGCGACAAAUGACCACCGAGCAAUAUAAGAUAAAUCCGAGAGAUGAUUCCGUUUCCUAUUCAACUGUUCAAAAUACAUAAUUCUUACUAAUUGCACCCGAAUAUACUUCACUGCAUGAUCAAUCUAAUUGAUAUCAAGUAUAAUUGAUAUCUCUGAAAAAGAGUGCAACUUUGUCACUUUUUCCCUUUGCAGUGGACUGAAACAAAUCGGGUUACUGACCUCAGUUUAACUUUUUUUAAAUGCUCGAUGUGCGUAAUUCUUAAUAAUGUUUCUAGAUCCACUGAGCACGUACAUUGCACCUAAAUUAUAAUAAUUUUCGGUUAAAAAUAUGUAUUCAUAUCGAAAAUGGCUUCGGUAUACCUGAGUUCGUAUCUUAUAAAUCUGCGGCUGGACACUUACUGUGCUGAAAUCAAGAUAGCCAUUGAGUAUUCCAUUCUCAGAAACUGACAACAACGGUUAAAGAAACCUCAUUCAAAGAACAAGAAUUUCAAACGAUAAUGAGUAGUGGAGACUGGGGGCUAAUGGGACAAGUGAUUUUUCUCAAGAAAUAAUCUAAUUCAUAGUUUGGAAAUUUGUUACUGCAUGAAGCUUGUAGUAUUGCACAUGACUAUGCACGAGCCUAUUCUUUUUCAUCAGCUGUUUAGACAUCAAAAGGGAAGAUUUGUUCCAGCAUCAGUGUAACAUUUUUAUCACCUUUUUUUAAAUAGUGGUUUCUGUCAAUUUUAAAAUCUUUUUUUUUUCUCACUUUAUUGAUAUCUUCUAUUUUGGAGCUUUAUUACACGUUCUUCUUUUACAAUUCUGAUUUUGUGUUAUUUUUGAAUAGUUAACCAAAAUUUGGCUUAAUACUUUGUCAAAGUGGUAUGGGGACUGAUAAGACAGCUCAUAUGGAGUCUAUGUCCCAUUAGACCUCUAACUAAAGUAAGAGGAAAUGUAAGAUCUAAUAUUUGAUUUAACUUGCAUGUUUUGAGCAGGGUCGGACUGGACCAUUAAAGUGGCCCGGGCGAUUGCGAAAACCCGGCCCUUAGCUCAGGGGUUAGGGGUAAAUCACCCUCCCCAUCCAUAUACACAAUCGUGCAGCUUUAAGGGGGUUUUAAAAAUGAAAGGAGAAAAGAGAAAUAAAACAAAUGCAGGGAUGUCGCAAGGUCAAAAAGUUGGGGAGUGUAUGAGUUUGGCGGACCCUUAAUUUUUAACACAUUUUAAUAGAGAGAGAGAGAGAAAGAUUUUAGCUUUUGGUUUACGAAGG